AAUUCUGUUUGCCACUUUCAAUGAUGUUGUUCGAUGAUUUUUUCAAUACACCAUGGUUUAUCAUAAUGAAAGUUUUGUUUUUAUUAUUUUAUAUGAAUAUCAUUUAUUAUUACACGUGGAUUGUUGUCUUUUAUGUGAAACAUGCAACAUUUAAACGAUUGAAAAUGUUUUACGACGAUUUAUCAUCAUCAUCAUCAUUAUCAUUACGAAUAACCGAUGAUCAAAAUCAAAAUCAAAAACAUCAAAAAUGCAAACGAAAAAAAUUAUUCAAUGAAAUACAAUUGUUGGCUAGAAAUAAUCGCCAUACGAACGAAUUGUUGUCAAUGCCAUUAUCAAUUUUUUUUAUCAGCACAUUUAUCGAUGUUGUUGGAACAUUUUAUUAUUUUCUAGAUAAAAAUGAAUUUUUCAUGUUCAUCUUCUAUUUAAUUGUCAUGUUUCCAUUUUUAAUUUACAUUGUUCAUUUGAAUGAUCAAAAUGAAAUGAUAUUUCAACAAAUUAUUCAAAUAAUUUAUCGGAAAAAUGUGAAAAAUAUGUUCCCCGUCAAUACUGAUAAUUAUCGUUCUACUAAACAUAUUUUAUUGGCAAAAACGAAUUUGAAAAUGAAACAGAAAAAAUUUUUCCUACAACAAAUGCGUAUCAAAGAAUUUUUCGAUGUUUAUGUUGACGAUUUUCAUCUCAAUAUUUAUCAAUUAUUCAGAAUUGAUCAGAAAUUUUUUCUUUUAUAUUUAUUAUCAUUAUUGGCCUAUAUAGUAUUAUCGUUACAAACUUCAGAUGAAUAUUCAUUUUAAUAUAAUUGUUAUUAUUAUUUUUAUGGCAUUACCAACUUUAUAAUUUACAUAUGUCAUUUGAAUAUUCGACCCAUUGAUGAUAAAUCGAUCGAUUGAUAGAAGAAUUUAAACAAUUUGAUAAGAUAUUGUGACCAUUUCCUAUAUACAUGUUAUUUACGAACAAACAAACCAUCGAACGACGACAACGAAAAAAAAAGAAUGGCUAAACCAAAAAAUCAUUUACUUUAUUGGAUAAAAUUUGCAUUUGGAACUAUUGGGUUUCAAAUUCAUCCAAUCGAUUGGAUGGAUUGGAAAAGUAUUUUGCAUUUACUUGUUAAUAUUGCCAUCAAUCUGACAAGUAUUUCAUUCUAUCAAUUUACCGAUUAUUUUAGUCAUCGAAUUAAACCGAAAAAAAUUACACUUAUUGUCUUUUUGCGUGUCCUAUCGUUGACUUAUAUUCCAAUUUUAAUAUUAUGGUUUUCAUUAUAUCUAUCAUACGAAUGUCGACGAUUGAAUCGUUUAAUCAUACAAAAAUCAUUUCAAUUAAUAUAUCAAUAUCGAUUUGAAUCAUUCAAAGUAUUCAUUGCAUUCAUUGGUUCUGUAUCGGCCAUUAUAUUUAUGGUUUAUCUAAUGGAUCAUAUUCCAGAAAUAAUCACAAAAGGAAUUGAAUGGAUUUUUCUAUGUAAAACAUUAUUUAUUUAUCAAUUGAAUAUUCUAUUUUAUUUUCCAUGGUUUCUAUUACAUUAUGUUAAAUAUGCAACAUAUCAACAGAUGAAUCAAAUAUCCAGAUAUUCACGUCAAUGGCGUUACAAGAAUCGAUAUCGAAUUCUUCAAGAAUUUCGUAAUCUUGCCUGUUAUAAUCAAAUGAUUGCACAAAUUCUAUCACCAAUAUUGAUUACAUUUUUCUUUAUAUUUAUCAUCGAUUUAUUGGUCAUAUUUUAUCGAUUAACCACAUGGUUACGUAAUUCAAUCUAUUUGAUUAUGGCAAUCAAAUAUAUUGUUUAUAUUGUUUAUCUUGAUAUACAAAUCGAACGUUUAUUCAAACAAAUUAUAAAUGAUUAUGUGAUAUGUGGUGGAUAUAUCGACAUCAACGACCAAUGUAUGGCAACAAAAUAUCGAACGUUAUCGUUUUUCGAAUGGAAUCGAUACGAAUUAAAGAAUUUUAUUAUGUUUAUCAUGAAGAAUUUUCAUUGAAUCUUUAUCAUCUUUGCCGUAUUGAUGGUGAAUUUAUAUUGGAAUGUUUAUUAUUUGUAUUAAGCUAUAUUGUUAUUAUACAACAGACAAAAGAAAUCGAUGAUGAUUGAUUCGAAUUCGAUUUGAUUGAUUUGAUGGUUUUUUUUGUUUCAUCUACCGUGCUGUUUUUUUUCUGGUUGUCAUCGAAACAAUAAUUGAAAAAAAUGAAAUGAGAAUAAAUUGAAAUGACUUUCGUGCAAUCUAAAAGAACAUUAUUGUUUCAUUUAUGGAAAUGAAAGAUUUGAAAAAAAUGUUCAUUUUAGUGAGAGAUAAUCUCCGAUCAAAGAUAACGAAAUAAUGUUACAAUACAACAAUUAUUUUGUGGACGAAAAUAAUCAAAAAAAUCAUCUGCUUAAAUGGUUUCUUUUAUUAUUUGGGCAAGUAAAAAACAUUGAUUGAUUGAAAGUUUGAUUGAAAUUUUUUCUUUCCAUAAAUUUUAGCAAUACUGGCAUUCAAUUGGAACGGAUCGAUUAUCAUGAUCGAAGAUGUUUAAUUCGAACCGUGGUCAACAUCCUGAUUAAUAUUGUCGUAAAUCUAUAUUAUAGUCUUGUUGCUAUGCCAUUCUGGGAUUAUGAAGCUAUGAAAAAUGCACAAAAAACACCAAAAAGUUUAAACAAUUUCAUGACAUUAUUUGGAAAUUAUUAUCUGGAUGUAUUUCUAUUCAUAAAUCCAAUAUUAUUCUUCACCAUUGGACCAUCUAUUGGCCAUUUAAUGGCAUCGAUACAUUUUAAACGAAUUUAUUGUUGCCAUCAAAAAUCUUUACGAGUAAUGUCCACAAUAGUAUUGAUUAUUGUCCUAUAUUGUUUAGAAUUCACUAUAUUUGCCGGUUCAUUGAAUAUGAAGAAAAAACGUACCCAAUGGACAGUUGUAUUUGAAUUUUUCAUCAAUUAUUAUAUUUGUAUAUCAUUUUUUAUACCCGGUUUCACUUUGAAUUAUGUAAAAUUUGCAACUAUCGAAAUGUUACGUACAACAACUACUACUACUACAAGACGAGAAUGUGAAAAUAUUGAAAAAAUCAUUCGAAAAAUUGGUCAAAUUGCUGAAAUGAACAGGAAAAUAUCGCAUUUUCUAUCACCAAUGAUAACGAUAUUUAUAUGUAGUUCUGUAUUGGAUAUGAUUGUAUUGUUAAUGUGGUUCCAAGAUCUUGGAUGGAGUUUUUUUCACACUUUAUUAGCAUCAUUAUUCACUUGGUUCUAUUUAACAUAUCUUAUUUAUCUGGAUAAUCAAAUUGAAAGAAUAUUUAGUGAAAAAAUAUAUGAAAUGUUAUCAUUGAAAAAUGAUAUAUUCAAAUGUUGUGGCCAGUGUAAACAACGAUUGGAAUAUGAAUAUAUUCAUCAUUGUAAACGGAAUAAUCGUUCAACACCAAAAACGAUUCAAUUAUUUUUUUGUUCCCAUAAACAACGAUUAAUUGAAUGUUAUCGUUUGUAUGAAAAAGAUUUCCAAAUGAAUUUAUUUAAUAUUUGUCGUUUAGAUUAUAAAUUUAUGUUAGAUACAUUAUUAUUUAUUAUAAUUUUUGUUGUCAUUUCACUUCAAACCUAAC